UAUAACUGUAGUCAUGUGCACGCAACUAUACUUUUUUCGAGAUUAGUGAAUUUCAAUGUUAGUCAGCCAUGGAGGCAACUAAAGACGCUCUUGAUCCUCAAUCUAAAAAGAAAGAUGGUAAAAAACAGUCAAUUUCUGAUCCAGCAAAUACCUCCGCUGAGGUUCCUGCACAAUCUAAACAGCAUAAAAAGGGGCCUCAGAUAAAUUCUCUGAUGGAUGUGAUCAACCAUGCUCUCCAUCAAACUGAAAGGGCAACUUAUCUUCAUCGUUUGACGUACGUCGGACAACAUAACUUCAAAGAUUCUGGAGAAGGAAGCGAUGAAUUAGAUUCUAUAUUUCAGAUGUCGAUAAACCAAGUUAACGAAAGUUAUUGCAGCGAGCCACUCACGGGAUGUUUUAUUUAUUACUCAAAAUACUUCAUGCAUAUCGUAGAGAAGUUUAUCUUAUUUAAGGGUGCAGAAGAUUCCAUUGGUCAUCACGUUAAGCUCAUAGUUGAACAGAUUGAAAAACAUGGAAACCAGUUUGGUGUGGUAAAGAUAAUUUUGCAAAGUCACCACAUAAGAAGGCGCUACUUCGGAGCAUGGUUUUCAAUGUAUGGAGUCCCUCGUACAUUACUUGAAAAAAUCCAAGGAGAUGCUGAAGAUGUAAUAGCUCAUCAAAUUGAAAACUUUAAUAAGAAAAUAGUUACAAUAGCAUCAUACCUAGAAAAGCGAGAUUCGCUUAAUGAAAAGAGUAUUGGAAGUUAUUUGAGUCAAAAGACUCUUGCUUUAUUACCAGAAGUGGGCCUAUUAGACUUCUUAUUGAAAAUACAAUCUCUUGAAACUCUGUAUGAUUUUCUUAAAACUUAUCAGCAAUUUCCACACUUAGUUAUAUAUCAAGAUUAUUGUUGGCCUCCAAUAAUGGAAUUUGUACCUUAUAAUUUAUAUAUAGAAAUACCAGAAGUACCAAAGCUUGAAAUACCACCAUACAAUCCAAUAGAAGAGAUAGAAGUUAAACGACGUGUUAGAGGAUAUUCAGUAACUGAAGGGAAAAAAGAAAAGAAGAGUAUUUCAGUUAAAGAGAAGUCACUUUCAGAAGGUGUAGGGGAAAAGGCAGCAGGUGACACAAAUGCACAGGAGGGUCCUGAACAAUCUGGAACCCCAACAAGUCCAGGGGCAGCAAAAGAGCCAGAAGUAACAGUGUAAACAUGCAGUGUUCUUGCCAUUUAAAAA